AUUUUUUCAUUUUUCCAUCGUGUAACAUCAGAAAGAAAUUGUGUUUAACUGUUGAUUUUAAUAUGUUUCAUUAUAUUCAGAAAUAAAUUUUAAUGACUUUAAUUAUAUGGGAGAAAAAUGAAAAGAAAAAAUUGGAACAUGAAUUAGAUGAAUUAACUAGAAAUUGUGAAAAUGUAAGACAGCAAACAAAUGGACAACUUGAACAAGCAAAUCAAAAAAUCACCAAUUUAAUUAAUCAAAUAGACGAAUUAAACAAACAGCUUUCUGAUAAAGAUAGAACAAUUGAUAGUUUACAACGACUACGUACUGGUCAAACUUUGUGUGGACGUAAAGAAGGGGCAGAUAUCAAUGAUCCUUCUUCAAGAGCACUUGUUGAGGAAACUCAAGCAUUAUACCAGACACUCAGAGAUAUUUCUCAGUCUGUACUUAAUGAUGAAAUCGUGCCAUCUGAGGCCUUUGGUGGUGUUGAAAGUUGUUUUCAUCAGUCGCGAUCCCGUUCACCAUGCUAUGCUUCGAAUCCAAAGAUGAUAACUAAUAGUUUCCAUAACUCAAGGGCAGGAGCGUAUGGUCGCACCGGAUCACCACCACCACCAGUUAACAGUACAAGUGCUUGUUAUUGGGGUGAUUCAGCAUUAUCUGCUGUUCAGGCUGCACUUCGUAAACGUGGACUCCAAGUUUCUGAAUUAACGGCCAAGCUGAACAACACUAAAGAUCAGUGUGACUCGGUUAAACACCAGUUAGACGAUAGUGAAAAUGAAAGAAGAAACUUAGAACGUCAACUAAUGAAUAUGCGUGCAGAACUGGACAAUAUACGAAGAGAGAAAGAAGAUAUGGGAAGAGAAGUAAAACGAAUUACAGCAAAUGUUCAAACUCUGGAUAACGAAAGAGCCGAUCUCGAAAGAUUACAUACGAAUACAUCUGACGAACUAAAAAGCUUGCAGAGCGAACUCGAACGUGUUCAAAAUGCAUAUAAUGAGUUGCGUAAAAACAGAGACACAUUAGAAGGUGAAUUAAAUUGUGCUCAGCGUGAUGCUGAAAGAUGCUUAAGAGAGUCUGAACGUUGUCAACGUUGUAUUGAUACACUUGAGGAACGUUUAUCAGCUGAGCGCGAAGAAGGAACAAAUUUACGAAGCGCCCUUCAGAAAGCCAAAUUAGAAGCUGAGAUCAAAGCCAAAGAAUUAGCAGACAUUCAAGACGCUCUAUCACGAGCUGAAACACGCAAGGCAGAACAGGAAGCUGAAAUAGUUCGACUACGAUCGGAUGAAGCGGCACUAGGUGAACAUUUGUCCAAGUGCCAGAGUAAAUUAGAAGAGGCCUCCAACAAGAGGUCAAUUCUGCAGAGCCAAUUAAGAAAUCAGGAAGCGGAAUACAACCAGCUAGCAUCUGACUAUCGAAAUGCUGAUGCAGAUCGUUCUAGCCUGAAAGAAGAACUUAUUCAAAUGGAAUCACAAAAAAAUGAACUGAUUUACGAAAAGAAUAGCAUUUCUCAAUCUUUAACCAUGUCUGAAGCUGCUCGUGAAAGACUGGAAGAAGAAAUCACCAGCCUGAACAGAGAAAAGUUAGAAAUUACGGAGCAACUGAAUGCUGUUACAAGACAAAAAAAUGGUCUCACUAAUGAACUUAUCCAAAAGAAUAGAGAUUAUGAACGAAUUCGUGAUGUCAUCGGACGUCUGAAUAGAGAAAAAGAAGACUUGACAAAAGAGAAAGGUGAACUUUCGACACAAGUCACUGCACUUAGUAGAGAAUUAAAUCAAACUUGCGAUUUACUUGUAGCGAGUAAAAAAGAGCAUGAAAAUUUAGACGCUGACUACUAUCAAGCCAAGCAACAGAUAAUGCAAUUGGAAACUAAAAGAGACUUAUUAGAAAAUGAGUUACAAGAACAAAAUCUAAAACGAGAAAAUUUGUUGGUUGAACUGAAACGCACUCAGGCCGACCUUCAACAUGAAAUUGAACGUGGACUUCAGGCUCGUGAGCAAGCCUCACAGGCUUUACAGAAACGUGAAGAUGAAUUGCAAGGGGCGAUGAAACUAUCAAAAGAGGCAUCUGAAAUCGAAAUAUCCAGAUUGAGAAAUCAGUUGACUGAAUGUAGACAAUUGUCUGAUAAGGAGCUAAGGGAUCUUACACUGAAUCAUAAAGAAGCUAUUAAAGACCUUAUAAAUCAGAGCGAACAAGAUAAACAAGAUUUCGAUAAUGAACUCAUGAAACUUCAAAGGGAAAAAGAUGAAAUAACUUUGGCAUAUGAAGCAGAGAAACAAAAUUUAUUGUCGUUCAAUGAACAAGAACGAGUUAACUUAAAUGAACGAUUAAAUCAUUCAUUACAACAAAUUAAAGGAUUAGAAUCAGAAAUAGAUAGAAUUAAACGUGAAGCUUCAGCUCGUCAUGAACGUGAUGAUAUGGCCAAAGCCGAUUUGACACGGGAACUGAAAGAAUUCCGUCAACACUAUGAAGAGACAUGUGCAUUACAUGAACAGGCAAUGAAGAGCGCUCAAGCAAAAUCUGCUCAGCUAGCCACUGAAAGAGAUCUAGCAAGAAAUGAAGUGAACGAAUUAAAAAUGCAAAUAAAUUUAAUUGAAGAAGUUCGAGAUGGAUUACAAAAAAACAUCUCAGAAAUAUCUCGUCGUUUAAAAGAAACAGAUGAAGCUCGAGAAACACUACGUAAAGAAAUUAUUGACUUACGUAGAACUCUAGCUGAAACGCAGCGUGACCGCGACAAUCAGGAAGAAGCCAAAGAGAAUCUCGUGAAACGAGUUCAGUCUCUAGAAACUGAGCGUGUUGAACAAAAUAGAGUACUAACUGACCAACAACAACAAAUCUCUGCUUUUGAAGAACAAAAAUGUGCUGAUAGCAAGGAGAUUGGUGAGUUGCGCUCAAGUGUUCGCGAAAGUGAGAAAGGACGUCUUGAUGUCCGUCGUGAUCUGCAAGAAGUUAGACGUCAACUUAAAGAUAUGCAAUCAGAUCAUGAAAGGCAGACUAAGGAUUUAAUGGAAAUGCAGUCUAGAAUAACACGGGAGGAAGAAAAAAAUGAAGAAUUACGUCAAGAAAAUACCGUCUUGAAACAACGUAAUGGUGAAAUAGACGCUUCUCGUUCUAAACUACGGAAAGAGUUAUCCACUAGUGAAAGAAAAAUAUGUGAUCUGCAAGAGCUAUUAUCUAGUAGAGAACGAGAAUACAAACAAGCAGUAGAUCAUGCAAACUGCGAAUAUCGUCGUCUAACGGACACAAGAAAUCAAUUAGAAACGACCGCUGAGGCUCUGAGUAAUGACUUGGCUGAAGUAAGAUUGGCUUUAAGUGGAGCUGAGGGUCGCGUGAGUACUUUGGAGGCUCAGUUGGCAAAAAGUGAAUCGAUACGAAGAGAUUUUGCAUAUAAGCUGGCAUGUAUACAUAGUUCACUUCGUAGACUUAUUGGCUAUAAUCAGUGUCGCCAUCGAUCGAAAACUCCAUCAAGAGUCAGAGAUUCAACUUCCGUUUCACCUGUUCGUAAACUAAAAACAGGAACAAGUCCAAUAAAUAGUCGUGAUAACUCCCCUGUAAAAGAUGGUGUUAGUGAUUCUAAAUUGUCUAACGUAUCAAGAGUAUAUCCUAGUGAUGGAUCGUUCAAUGCAUCUGACCUAGAUCCUGAAGCAGUUCGUUUGGCUUUACGCGACUUUGUACAGAAAUAUUCCUCAGUAAAACGAGAUUAUGAAGAUGCACAAGCACAAAUCACAUCUCUUCAUUCUCGAUUAAACGAACAAGCUGAACAGACUGAACAGUGGGCUCGAAGACUUCACCAACUUCAGCAGGCUUUGUGUGAAGCUGAAGCAGAUAAGAAAGGAGUAGACGGAAGAUUAUCUACUACUCAAACUGCUCUUAUGCUUCAAGAAGAAACCUUACGACAAAAUGAACGUGACAGAAAAAUAAUGGCAGAUAAAAUAAGUCAACUAGAAAGACAGAUAUCUGCCAUAGAAAAUGAGAGACAUGAGGAUCAGGAAAAAAUAAUGCAUUUACGUCAAACUGGAGCACGCUUUGAAGAGGAGCGACGUCUCAGUCGAAGAGCUUUGGAUGAUGCUGAAAAUCACAUCACACAACUUGAAGUAACUAGACGAUCAUUAGAAGGUGAAUUGCAACGACUCAAGAUGUGCAUCAGUGAUAAGGAAGCUGAGAAUCAAAUGCUUGAGGACAGAUGUCAAAACCUUUGCAAACAAAUACAGGAUUUAGAAUCGAAAUCACAGUCAUUACAACUGACAGUUGAUCGUUUAAGUACAGCGUUAGCUAAAACAGAAGAGUUAGAAAGUGCAAGCAAAGAUAAAAUCCAACAACUUAAUUCAAGUCUUUCAGAUCAUAAUCAAACCAUAUUAGAAUUACAAGAACGUCUAGCGCAUUUACAAAAAGCUCUAACGAAUUCAGAACAUGAUAGACGAAUAAUACAAGAGCGAUUAGAUAAUACACGUAGUGUGUUGCAUGAACAAAAACAUCAAAACCAACAGUCAUGUGAAAGAAUACAAUCAUUACAAAGUGAGUUGGCUGAUGCUGAAUUGCGUCGAGGAGAGCUUGAAAAUCAAGUUCGUCAAACAAAUAAUACUUUGGAUAAACGUCAAGAAAAUGAACAAGAACUCAAUAAACAACUUCAAACGCUUUUAAAGGAAAGACAAGAACUAUUCGACAGGGUGUCCUGUUUACAGCGCAAUUUAACAGAUGUUGAAAAUAUGCGUGAUCACUUAAUGAGAUCAAGUACCCAUCUAGAAAAAGAUAGGCAUAAUCUUAAACGACAUUUAGAAAAAGCCGAAAGAGAAAAACAACAAAACGAAGAAAUUGUGAAUAAGAAUAAUCUUGAUCGUACGGAGUUAGAAAUAACAUUGCGACGUCUGGAAGAAGAGAAUUCAAAUAGAAGAAAGCAGAUUCAGUUUUUACAGUCCAAAUUGGUUGAGAUGGAACAAGCUCAUGCUAAACACCUAAAUGAACUAGCAAGUCGACAUCGAGCAGAAAGUGAAUUGGAACUAGAAAGACUGCGCUGUGGCAAAGCUCAAGCUGAACGUGCACUUGAAGCACGCGAACGCGCCCACAAACAGCGUGUUAGAGCUUUGGAAGAUCAAGUUGUACAGUUAAAAGUUAAGGUAGGUUAAAGCUAAUUUGUUUCAUUUUGUUCAAUCAAUUUAAAAUGUGUUCAUUGUCUUAAAUAAGACAAACCUACAUGUUGGAGUCGUUAUCUAUGCACAAUAUAUUUAAUGUAACACUAAUUAAUUCGUAAAACACUUUCACACAUAUAUUCCUAUCAUUGUAUUAAUCGAAGUUGCUAAAAAUAUUUAUUUUUAUUAUGCACUUGCUCAUAUAUGCAUUUUUCACAAACAUUUACAUUAAAACUGACUAAACAAUAUAGUAUGAUUUCAUAUAGUUGUCUUUUUCUAAAAAUUGAUUCACUAAGUACUAUUAUAUAACGCUGUAUUUUGUUAUCUAUAUCAAUAUGGAAUUCUACAUAAAUAAAGUUUUCAAUUCUUAUUAAUAAUAACGAAAGAUCCAGUUAUCAUACUGAUAUUGCUUUAAAUAAAAUGUUACCUUCAUAAGAUGAACUUAAGUUUAAGAUAGAGUUAAGAGAUCACGAUAACUUAUUUCAAAUAAGUGAUAUUUUUGUAGGAAAUAUAUUUUUUUUAUAUCGCAAAGAGUAGAAAAAUUGUAUUUCAGAAGUUUGGUGACUUAAUGUAAGCCACUUCUUCAGAGUAAGUAAAUAAAUAAUUAACUUCCUACCUAAUGCUCAAUUUAUUUGAAAAUAUCAAGUUCAACCUUGGCAUUGAUAAGUAUCAAGUGAUAUUUUUUCGUUUAUUUUUUAAGUUAACUUUUAAGACUGGGCCUAGUUUAUAUGUAUAAUGAAGUUAACCAUAAAAUGAAAGAUUUUAAGAUUGACUUAAUUGAAAACAGUGGAUCAUAUUGAAUAACUUUAAGAAUUCACUGUUGAUCUAGAACUUUGGAUUAUUCUGCAGAAUUCAUUUAUGAAAGAUUUAUUCUGAAGAUCUUGAAUGAAAUAGAUGGAUUGAGAAAUAUUCAUCGUUUAGCAAUACUACUGCAGAUUAACAUCUAGAUAAAACUAAAAAAAUAUUUUAUCCCACCAUCUAAUAUCCCGAAUAAUUAAAAAAUUGUUGUUUGAAUAAUUACAGUGAGUACAGUCAUAAAUUUUUUUUAGAUAACAUAUUCAUAAAAUUUAUAACAAAAUAACCUCGAAACUAUAAAUUUUACAUACUUGUUUACAUACAAUAGUUUAAUUAGAUUUUUUUCGGAACACUGAUGCCUAAAUUUAAUUAGAAAUAAAAUGAGACAAGUAAGCAUUUCAUGUUUAGAGGAAUAUAGUAACAGAAAACAUAAACUAUUUGCCCGAACAGAUAAAAAAUUCAAAUAGAAUCUGUUGUUUAAAGAUUAAUACAUUUGAAAUUGAAGUUGAAUAUCGUCGUCUAAGAAAAUCGAAAUGGUCAAAUGCAAAAUCUAUCCUUCUUCACUUAUUCGUAAUUUUAUAAUCUGCAAUAAUAGUCUGUAAUAUAUUCUCUAACUUGAAUUAGUUAUCUAAGUGUAUAAAAUCAAAGUUCAUUUCCUUCAAGAAAAUAUACAGAAUCUUGCCAUUAUUCAAAUAUUCUUAAAGUUUUCUGAUUUAAAAACAAAUCUAAAUACAUAUGGAACUGCUUUUUCCCUUACUAAAACUCCAAUUAACUUCUUAACCAUCUCAAAGACUUAUUAUUGCAUUUCAUAAUGACAAUAAAAAUAAUAUUUACAUUCUGUUUUUUUUAGUUACUGAACUUGACACUUUUUAAAAGUUGUACUUCAGGUAGUUGAUUUGCAUAAUAUCGAAAAAAUUGUAAAUUGAAAUUUAAUCACCAUAAUAAUUGGGAUUGAGAUCACGUGCCGACCAAUGUUAGAUCACGAAUCGGAAACCUGGGAGCACUAUACGGCCGUUUCGUCCUAGUAUAGAACUUCUGAUUAGUGAGCAUCCACGAUCACGUACGCGGGAUUCGAACCUAAGACCUUCGACCUCGCGCGCGAACGCCUAAUCUCUAGACAACUGAGCCGGAGUCCAAUGGUGUCAAUGUCUAACUUCAACCAACCCAAGAUGUUGAGUGACCAUCUUCCGUUGUCUUCGGUGAGUAACUGCCUCACAGCCGACAUGGUUAAACUCUACUGGUCACGGCUUCUCCCUAGAACUCCAAGAAUUAGUUAGUUAGGAAUAGAUGAAAAUGACAUCGGUUAGUAUUUAGUGACGAAGAAUUAAGAAGAAUUUGAUCCUAUGUUGGACUCGUUGGUUAAGUGUAUCCACAGUUGUGCUGAUAUAUAUUUUGGAAUUUGAAUUGAGUAUCUGCUACUUCGGAAACAGACGAGUUAACUAUUAAAUUUAUAGGAUAUUACAAAUAUAUUAUUUUUAUUUAUUAAAUUUAUACCCAUUUUAUAAUAAUAACAAUAAUAUUUCGAUUCUGAUCCGGUUUUAGUUUUAGAAUGUAAAAGCUGAUGUUUCAUUUGGUUAAUUCGGUUGAGAAAUUUUUUUGUUCGAAAAUUGAAUUUAUAAUUUUCUUAAAUUUUCAUUUAUACAUUCGUUUUUUCAGCUAGCCUCACUUAAAGAUCAAUUGAUAGUAGAAGCAAAUAGACCACAGCAAUUAAUAAAUAAUCCAAAUAAAUUUCCAACAACUAUUCGCCCUGAAAUUCCAUUGAAUACAUCAUCUACUAACCGACGUUCAAUAGAACGCAAAUCUGGAGGACAAGGUGAUUUAUCAUUGAAAGCAUCAUUAUCAAGCGGUGAUAUACGUCGGCUAACAGAUAACGGAAAUACAGAAAUUCGCAAUACAGCAGGAUCAAAAUAUUUAACAAGUAGUCGACCAAAUAGACUUCCAAGACGAUAAUUAAUUUACCUGAUAAAAAAAUAUCUGUCAUAGACUUUAUGAACAUAAUACAAUGUUAAAUUUUAAAACUAGGUAAACAAUGUUCAUCAGGGAUCAACUCAAUCUUAAAAUUAAAAAGAAAAAAACAAAACAAAACAAGGAUUAUUUAUCUCAUUUUUUUUGUCCUAAUGUGUAAACUUUCUUCGUCUCUUGGAGUAUAUCCUUUUUUGUGUAUUCAUCAUUACUAGGUUUUCGUAUGUGUUUAUUUUAAGAAACAUGCAAAUUCACUUCUAAAUUACUUUAUACAUAUUAUUUAGAUUUCCAAUUCUUUUUGAGAAGAAAAAAAAUGAUUGAGAUAUUACUAGUUAUUAAAAAUGCGGAACAAUAGUAUUCCUUUCUUUCAAAUUUGAUUUCAUGCAAACUUACAAUCCAAAACAAAAUAUAGAAUGAUAAAUUCAAGAAAUACUACAAAUGAUAAUCAGAUCACAAUCAUCAUUAAAUAUAAAUAUAUAUAAUUAUAUUGUUCAUAAGUACAAUAUGUAACAAAAUAAUUAUAAAGUAUACUAAUAA